AUGAUUUAUUUGAACAUUAACAGCGUUGAAGUGAAGCCAUUGGACAUGUUAAAGCAACCUGAAGUCUGUGAUGAAAAUGAAAUAGAGGAUGAAGAACACUUCCUGCUCAAAUGUAAACUCUACACAAAUAACAAAGAAGACCGGAGAGAAAUAUUCACCCUGAUAAAAGAAGUGUUUUCAAAUAGUCCAGCUUUAGGAAAACUUCAACGAGGUGACCGGAUUCUCUCUGUUAAUGGUCAGCAUUUGCAAGACACUAAAAAGGGUAUUAAUACAGCAUCUAUUGUCAAUAGAAGUCUGGGGGACACUGUGCGGCUCAUCAUACAGCGACCAAUAGGAAUACGAGAACGUAAACCGUUAAAUACAACGGAUAUCAAGUUGGAUAUGACUGAUCGAACUCCUGCUCUGACCAGUCCAUCAAAUAGCGAUAGUGCUAGCAAAGGGGCAACUGGCUUUCCUAGAAGUCCAGGUAAAACCCAGAAUUUGGGGAGAACAGAGGGUAAAAAGCGCCCUCAUAGCGGUAGUAGUGGUGCAUCACAACCCUAUACAUCGAAACCAAUUCAUGAAGCUAGUGGUAUACAAAGUGAACAGACAGAGAAUCAGAAUAGAAUGCCUCUACAUAGACCCAACUUCCUAGCGUGUAAUCAGACAUAUAAUAGUUUGCCGACUGUUCCACAAAAUGGCCUGCACUCCACGUAUCACAUGUCAGAAGACAUGGACAAGAUGCGUUCCAGUUCAGCAGUUGAUCCUGUACUCGUAUCUGUAAAUACGGAUCAAUUAAACAUCACAAUACGGUCAAAAAACAAUACAAAUGUUGUCAGACCUCCAUGCUCUGUGAAAGUAAACAUUGACAAAUCACCAACACAUGCACCUCAAAAAGACAACGGUAUUUUCGUCAUGGAAUCUCUACCAAUGCUCCUUACACCUACUCCCAGCGGAAACGGUUGCACGUGUUUAGCAAGCUGGAAUGUAAAGGAUGCUUUCAGAAAAGUCAUCCCAAAACACAAGAACUUUAAUCAUCAUCGUAGCCAUGGUGAUGAAAAUUGCAAUAAUGUCAACAGUGCAGAAGAUGCUGCUACUGAUAAUUAUAAUGAUGAUGCAAGGAAACCAGUGCCCGAGAAUUGCACUUCUUCCGAUAAAUGUACUUGUCACGAAGACACAAGAAUUAAUCAAGACACCCACAUCAGUCGAAUACCGUGUGGUUUGCUACUCGUGAUAUGUCAACAUCUAAACAUCAAAGUACUCACCGGUAGAGAUUGGAGAGGCCUGGCAGAUGAGAUGGGGAAAACGGUGCAUGACAUUCAGAUCUUGGAGCAAUUGGACGACCCAUGUCGAGAAUUGUUACAGGAAUGGGGCAUGGGUGUCAAUGCCACCCUGGGUAGACUAAUAGCUAUAUUACUAAACCCCAGACUAGAUAGGCAAGAUGUAGUUGUUAUUCAGAUACCAAGGUUGUUAUUCAGAUGCCAAGGUUGUUAUUCAGAUGCCAAGGUUGUUAUUCAGAUACCAACGUUGUUAUUCAGAUACAAAGGUUGUUAUUCAGAUACCAAGAUUGUUAUUCAGAUACAGAGGUUGUUAUUCAGAUACCAAGGUUGUUAUUCAGAUAUCAAGGUUGUUAUUCAGAUAUCAAGGUUGUUAUUCAGAUAUCAAGGUUGUUAUUCAGAUAUCAAGGUUGUUAUUCAGAUAUCAAGGUUGUUAUUCAGAUACCAAGGUUGUUAUUCAGAUACAAAGGUUGUUCAGAUACCAAGAUUGUUAUUCAGAUACCAAGGUUGUUGUUCAGAUACCAAGAUUGUUGUUCAGAUACCAAGAUUGUUAUUCAGAUACAAAGGUUGUUAUUCAGAUAUCAAGGUUGUUAUUCAGAUAUCAAGGUUGUUAUUCAGAUAUCAAGGUUGUUAUUCAGAUACCAAGGUUGUUAUUCAGAUACCAAGGUUGUUAUUCAGAUACCAAGGUUGUUAUUCAGAUACCAAGGUUGUUAUUCAGAUACUAUGUUUUAUUAUAAUACUUUAG